CAGAAGAAAAAGAGAGAGAGAGAGAACAAAGUGAUAUCCACUUAUUUUUGCAGGGAGGAGUUUUUCUGCUUAUUUUCGCGGUUCUCGUAAAAAUGGCAUAUGAUUCGUCAUUCCGCCAUUUAGCUGUUGAAAUUGGUGGCCCAAAGCGGUUGUAUUCGCUUGUGACACUUUUUUCGGCAAUCUUUCUAGCACCAAUGGCUCUGCUUGCUUUCACUGUCGGAGAGGUACAUAUUGAAUCGAAGACUGACUUUGCACUUAUGUUAUUUGUUGCCGCCGUAUUGGUUAUGGUUUUCGAUUUUUACACCGAGUCGUUUUGUUUCCAGCAUGUUGCUGAUCCGGUGAUUUCAUCAGCACGUUGGAGUCCGGUGAUAAUGUUCUUUUGUGCCUUUGUAUUUGCAUCGGUCUGGUAUACCGACGAUACUUUUGAUCAUCACAUUAUCUCGGGCGGCGUCCUCCUAACAUUUAUUUGCUUCAUAAUAGCUUCUUUUGCACUAACUUCAUCCAGUAAUUCACGUUCCCGAGGUGGUCUUUAUGUUGGCUUAUCGGAUGCUGGAAUUCCGCUCUACACAUACGGUGAAGCAUUUUUGCAAAAAACAUCAAGGUUUGUUGCGUUGGAAAACAAUCUUCAAUCAUUUUGUGGCAUAGAAUUUUUGUAUGGCUUUUGGACGAAUAGCCUUGGAUUGAUAUCGGACGGGUUUCAUAUGUUGUUCGAUUGCUCGGCACUUGUAAGUUUCACCAUCUCUUUUUUUGGACAUUUACUUAUGACACUUUGCUACGUUAAACAGUUGCUGUUUGAUUCUGCCACUGUUACAGCUGGCAACUUCUCCACUCUUCUCUGUUUUGAGCAUCUCUCAUCCACAUAA